AUGGCUGAAGAGCUUCAGGACAGAGCAAAAAAUCCACAGGAGCAUAAUCAGACAGUAAUUGGCACUGAGCCUAAGAAAGAAACAUUAAGACAAAUGACCAAAUGCUUACAGCCUUUUAAGCAGCAUCUUAAAGUAGAAGAGCGUGCUGAAGUGAGAGAUGAAAAGGCAUUAGAAGUGUAUUGGUUAAAUGAUUGCUUGAGUACAUUGACCUACAUUUUGCCCAGCAUGGCAAUUUUCCACGCAGAGGAAGCCAGUCAGGAGGCAGCAGCCAUGUUGAAUAACAUGCGCGUGUAUGGAACAUGUGUCCUCACCUUCAUGGCUCUUGUAGUCUUUGUAGGAGUCAAAUACGUCAACAAGUUUGCUCUGGUGUUCCUGGCCUGUGUCAUCUUGUCCAUUCUUUCCAUAUAUGCUGGAGUAAUCAAAUCUGCAAUUGAUCCACCAAACUUCCCUGUCUGUAUUCUAGGGAACAGGACAUUGUCACGGCACAGUUUUGAUGUGUGUGCUAAGGUAAUGACUGUGGCCAAUGAAACAGUGACCACCCAGCUUUGGCGGCUCUUCUGUACAUCAAGUUUUAUCAACGCCACGUGUGAUGAAUACUUUGAGAACAAUAACGUCACUGAACUUCAAGGGAUCCCUGGAGUCGCCAGUGGACUUGUCAGGAAAAACCUGUGGGCGAAUUACCUGGCCAAAGGAGUGAUUGUGGAGCAUAGUAAUUUGCCAUCUGUGACCAGUUCAAUAUCAACAGUCAGCUUGGAUCAACCUUAUGUUUUCACUGACAUGACGUCCUACUUCACUCUGCUGGUUGGCAUCUACUUCCCUUCAGUAACUGGAAUUAUGGCUGGUUCAAAUAGAUCAGGAGACCUUAGGGAUGCCCAGAAGUCUAUUCCAAUUGGUACAAUCAUGGCAAUUGCAACAACGUCUGCAGUCUAUGUAUCCACGAUCAUUCUCUUUGGGGCAUGCAUUGAAGGUGUGGUACUCAGAGACAAAUUCGGAGAGGCUGUGAAUGGAAAUCUUGUGAUUGGAACAUUGUCCUGGCCAUCUCCAUGGGUCAUUGUAAUUGGUUCAUUCUUCUCCACAUGUGGCGCUGGUCUUCAGAGUCUGACAGGUGCCCCUCGCCUCCUCCAGGCUAUCUCGAGAGAUGGCAUUGUACCUUUCCUGCGGGUAUUUGGUCAUGGAAAAGCCAAUGGUGAACCCACCUGGGCCCUGUUACUGACAGCGUGUAUCUGUGAAACCGGGAUCCUCAUUGCCUCUUUGGAUGAGGUAGCACCCAUCCUCUCCAUGUUUUUCUUAAUGUGCUACAUGUUUGUGAACCUAGCCUGUGCUCUACAGACACUACUCCGAACCCCGAACUGGAGACCCAGAUUCAGAUAUUACCACUGGACUAUGUCAUUCCUGGGAAUGAGCCUGUGCCUAUCCCUGAUGUUUAUUUGUUCCUGGUACUAUGCCAUAGUGGCCAUGGUCAUUGCAGGACUUAUCUACAAAUACAUUGAGUUCAAUGGAGCUGAAAAAGAAUGGGGAGAUGGAAUCCGUGGUCUGUCCCUCAGUGCAGCCCGGUAUGCUCUGCUCAGGCUUGAAGAAGGUCCUCCUCACAUCAAGAACUGGAGGCCCCAGCUUCUGGUACUUGUAAAGGUGGACCAAGACCAGAAUGUCAAACAUCCACAGCUUCUGACUUUCACUUGCCAACUCAAGGCUGGGAAAGGGCUCACUAUUGUGGGCACAGUGUUGGAGGGUAGCUUUCUGGAGAAUCACACACAGGCUCAACGGGCUGAAGAGUCUGUCAAACGUCUCAUGGAAGUGGAAAAGGUGAAAGGGUUCUGUCAAGCCGUUGUAUCAUCCAACCUGCGUGAUGGCAUGUCUCAUCUCAUUCAGUCAUGUGGUCUGGGAGGAAUGCAGCACAACACUGUACUGAUGGGCUGGCCAAGAGCCUGGAGGCAAUCUGACGAUCCAAGAACAUGGAAAAAUAUAAUUGAAGUGGUUCGAGAAACAACAGCAGGUCGCUUGGCUCUCCUGGUGGCGAAGAACAUCACUGCAUUUCCAUCGAACCAGGAGAGGUAUUCUGAGGGUUACAUUGAUGUCUGGUGGAUAGUCCAUGAUGGAGGAAUGCUGAUGCUCCUGCCUUUCCUCCUCAGGCAGCAUAAGGUGUGGAGGAAAUGCAAAAUGCGCAUUUUCACAGUGGCCCAGUUGGAAGAUAACAGCAUCCAGAUGAAAAAGGACCUCACAGUGUUUCUCUACCACCUGCGAAUUGUAGCUGAGGUGGAAGUUGUCGAGAUGCAUGACAGUGAUAUCUCAGCCUACACUUAUGAGCGAACACUGAUGAUGGAGCAGCGGUCACAAAUUCUAAAGGAAAUGCAUCUAACAAAGAAUGAGAGAGAGCGUGAGAUUCAAAGCAUCACAGAUGAAUCACGUGGUUCCAUUCGUCGUAAACAUCCCGCGAAGGCCAAGCUACGCUUGAGCAGCCAGGAUGAGCAGGAAGGAGGUGCAGUUGAGAAACCCGAGGAGGAGGUUCAGUUGAUUCACGACAAAGCAGCUUCUACUCAGUCGAUCGCCUCUCAGUCACCUGCUGAGGAGGUUAGCACACCCGGAGAGAAAGUUCACAUGACUUGGACUAAAGAAAAAUUAGCUGGAGACAAAAACAAAAACAAAGGGCCAGUCACGCCAGAAGAAAUCCGAGAUCUUUUCAGUAUGAAACCUGAAUGGGAGAAUCUAAAUCAGUCAAAUGUCCGACGGAUGCACACUGCAGUCAAGCUGAAUGAAGUCAUUGUGAAAAAGUCCCAAGAAGCAAAGCUGGUCCUGCUGAACAUGCCAGGACCUCCUAAAAACCGGAAUGGAGAUGAAAACUACAUGGAGUUCCUGGAGGUGUUGACAGAAGGUCUGGACCGGGUACUGUUGGUUCGUGGCGGGGGCCGUGAAGUCAUCACCAUUUACUCCUGAACUCCAGACCGUUGCCAAAAUUCGCGCAAUGAACCCAUCACAGCUUUUUAUCAGCAACUCCCAGUCUCUUCUCAAUGUAUAGUGUUUGCCAUGCAGCUAAAAAGACUUCCUAUCCAGCUCCUGGUAACGGUUUUCAUAAAAUGUUUCUCUUUGAUGACAGGAUAGGAAGUAGCACUGAACAGACAAGGAAGGGGAAUGCUCAUCUACAUAGCUUCUUCUUGUCUUAAAUGACUUUGCUUAUUGUUGUCCUUUCUAUGCUUCAUGUUUCCUAGGAAUCCUUCAUUCAAGUUGCAAUAUUAGAAAACAUUUAGGGUCACUGAACACUUUUAAAACUAUCAUUAGUGUACAUGGACACUCUGUAGGUGUAAGGAACCAGUUAUAGGGUGUAUGGCUAUGUACUCAAAGCAGAAGCAUUUGCAUGAAUGGACAAAAUCUUUCUGAAAAAAAAUUACAAUUAAACCCUUUGUACAUCAUGACCAGAUUAUUCCAUGGUCCAGCUGUAAAGAUACAAACAGGAUAAUCCACCAGUGCUGGUACUCCUAUAUUUCACACUAGGAUAUCAUGCGAAAGAUUAACUUGCAUGCAUCUGUGAUGCAGCCUUGUUAAUCUGCAAAUAUUCAAACUGGUUUUAUGAAUUGGUUUUCAUCCAAGUCAAGGCUGAUCUGUUCAAUGUGGGUUCUGUUUCCAAAGGGAAAACCGGGACAAAUAAAAGCGGAAAAUAACUCUAUUUUUUCGGUAAGGGGUGGAGGGGGGAUGGGUAUUGAAGAAAUUAUGUAAAAUAGACUAUGGUAUAUUAGAUACAAAUAAAGUAAAAAUGAAAUAAAAUAAAAUAUAAUAUGGGGAACAAAAACUAGGGUUAGCAGAUGUAAUGUUCAAAAUGCUUUAUUUUUAUUUCACUAUGUUAGUGUUUGUUUUGGUUGUACAGAUUAGUAAUACAAAUAAUAAUCGUCCUCCUGAUGUGUGAGUAACUGUAAUGUUUGUGCUUGUUUCAGUGAGACAAUAGUUCCCCAAUGAUCUACAGAUUAAUUGGAUUUGUUAAAUAGAUGUGAAAAUGCUCCAAUCAUUAUUGUUACACACAUCAUAAUUUGGUGUGUAUUCUCUAAUAAAUAUUGCUUCAGAACUCAAGUUUUGUAGCAUGCAUUUCAAAAUAUCAAUAAAUAAAAUUAACAUUCUUUUUAA